AGCAGUCUCAGCUACUCAGCUCCCAGCCUGCUGCCUCACCAUGGCCACGAAGGUAGACAGUAGGCCUGGGGGGCUCCCCAGAGGCGGCUACAACCUGGGCACAGCCAGAGAACACAUGCAAGCAGUCACCCGAAACUACAUCACCCACCCCAGAGUCACCUACAGGACUGUGUGCAGCGUCAAUGGGCCCCUGGUGGUGCUGGAUGAGGUCAAGUUCGCCCAGUAUGCUGAGAUCGUUAACUUCACCCUCCCCGACGGGACUCAGAGGAGUGGCCAGGUGCUCGAGGUGGCUGGGACCAAGGCAGUUGUCCAGGUGUUUGAAGGGACCUCUGGGAUUGAUGCCCAGAAGACCACCUGUGAAUUCACAGGGGACAUCCUACGGACUCCAGUGUCAGAGGACAUGCUGGGGCGGGUUUUCAAUGGCUCCGGCAAACCCAUCGACAAGGGGCCAGUGGUCAUGGCGGAGGACUUCCUGGAUAUCAACGGCCAGCCCAUCAACCCACACACGCGCAUCUACCCUGAGGAGAUGAUUCAGACUGGCCUCUCUCCCAUCGAUGUCAUGAACAGCAUUGCCCGUGGUCAGAAGAUCCCCAUCUUCUCAGCGGCUGGGCUCCCCCACAACGAGAUUGCUGCCCAGAUCUGCCGUCAGGCUGGGCUGGUGAGGAAGUCCAAGGCGGUGCUGGAUUACCACGAUGACAACUUCGCCAUUGUCUUUGCAGCCAUGGGGGUGAACAUGGAGACAGCCAGAUUCUUCAAGUCUGACUUUGAGCAGAAUGGCACCAUGGGGAAUGUCUGCCUCUUCCUGAACUUGGCCAACGACCCGACGAUUGAGCGGAUCAUCACCCCUCGUCUGGCACUGACCACUGCUGAAUUUCUUGCCUACCAGUGUGAGAAGCACGUGCUGGUCAUACUGACUGACAUGAGCUCCUAUGCAGAGGCCUUGCGGGAGGUCUCAGCUGCCAGAGAGGAGGUGCCUGGGCGCCGCGGCUUCCCUGGGUACAUGUACACAGACCUGGCCACCAUCUACGAGCGGGCAGGCCGCGUGGAGGGCCGGGGUGGAUCCAUCACCCAGAUCCCAAUCCUCACUAUGCCCAAUGAUGAUAUCACCCACCCGAUCCCAGACCUGACAGGUUUCAUCACAGAAGGACAGAUCUACGUGGACAGACAACUUCAUAACAGACAGAUCUACCCCCCCAUCAAUGUGCUCCCCUCCCUGUCUCGGUUGAUGAAAUCGGCCAUUGGGGCGGGCAUGACAAGAAAGGACCACGGAGAUGUCUCCAGCCAGCUGUACGCCUGCUACGCCAUCGGAAAGGACGUGCAGGCCAUGAAGGCAGUAGUGGGGGAGGAGGCCCUCACUUCUGAGGACCUGCUGUACCUGGAAUUCCUGCAGAAGUUCGAGAAGAACUUCGUCAGCCAGGGCCCCUACGAGAACCGCUCCGUGUUUGAGUCCUUGGACCUAGGCUGGAAGCUGUUGCGUAUCUUCCCCAAGGAGAUGCUGAAGCGCAUCCCGCAGAGCGUGAUCGAUGAGUUCUACUCCCGCGAGGGGGCGCCGCAGGACCCCGAACCCGGCACCGAGCUCUAGCCGCCCGCAGCCUGGCCGGAAGCCGGUCUUGGGACCGCUGCCCUGGGCGCCCGGGUCGACGCACCGCUCCGCAUUCGCCCUGGUCCCACGCACCUGAGCCUGCUGCUCCCAUGCCCACCCCCAGCUCCCUGCCGGCUAUGCGGGGCUCUCACGCGCCACCCCUUUCCCUGGAUGCCCCACACUGGGGAAAAACAGUGUGUUUCAUUUUUUAAAGCCCCCAAAAUAAGAAGUAACUGAGAUGAAUUUAUCUUAUAUGAAAACGAGAUUGGCAAAACAUGGAUAAUCGUUGGAGCUGAUCAUGAUAGGUAAAUGAGGUUCAUUAAACUAUCUACUUAAAAAGUAAGAAAGGCACAUUAGUGUCUUAGCGGCGAAAACAGAAUUCCUCCUAAGGAGAUUUAUCUUUGUUAAGAAAUAUCUUGGUAAAUUUCUUGGUUGGAACAUGAGCUCAGUGAUUAUGGAAAGGACAAUAAAAGCCACAAAAGAU